AUGUCGCCACUAGACUCAGACGUCAAUGCCAAUUAUGGCUUAAUAUUAUACGGUUAGUUUUUACCUCUAAAACUUAGGCUUAUCCCAUGCAGCAAUAUAUAUCGGAGUCUAUAGAUACAUAGCAUUUUUUGCAUAUUCUAGCAGUUCCAUCCUUUUUCAAAAUAUCCCAUUUAUUUGUAUGGUUCGAGUAUGUGGUAACCUGAAUUCGAUCACAAGGAUUCCCUUCUUGUUUUCCUCAUGAUCAAAAUCAGGUUACCAAAUACCAGCACCAUUCACAUUUACUCUUAUAGUUAUCUUCUAAGUAGUCACAUCUAAAUCUAUGUUGGGAAGCUGACGUGUUUCACAUUACUAGGAACAUCUUCAUGCCACGUGUACUCUUCUAAUCCAUUCCUCGUGUCCUGCAUGCGAGAAGAGAAGGAGAACCUGACCGACCACAUCCAAAUCAGCAUCGGAAUCCUGUUUUGCAGCACAUUUUUGAGAACUACUGUGAAAAUAGGCCGAUUUUCGAUCGUCACAAUUUCGAUGACGGCGAUGCCGAUGACGGCGAUGACCAGGAUGACUCGGAUGUAUCCUCAGCAGGUUCGCGUAGUCGCAGUCCCAAAGUCAAUGGGGCGAGCGCUACAUUGCUCGACCACAGUGACUGCCCAAAGAUGGAAAUCAGUCAUUUAAAAGUAGAGGACUCCGAAGGACAGAGGGGGCUAGCGAAAUUGCUUUUCUUAUGGCUCAAUGUAAUUCAUUUCAUCUGCAACUUCUCAAUACUUAGGUGAAAUUAUAUAGUUCUCCUCUCAAAUUUUUGUCGGUGCUGGAGAACACAUAAACAGGGCGUACGAUCAGAAGCCAUGGAUACGACGAGCGCUUAUUUCGAACUGGUCGCUCUCGGUGUACAGCAAUAACGAUAGAGCCAAGAAGUUCUACAAAAAGGUGGGCAUGGAAGAGGAGGAAACCGAACGGCACAACUCUCUCCUCAAGGAACCCAUCAAAACCACCGAUAAAAAAGGAGGACCAAUUUUUCAACCGUGGAAUCCAUCGUACUACUUACUUUUACACUUAUAAUAAAUAUAUAUAAAAAUACAUUACGUACUUAUAUUUAUAUAAUACAACUUGACGUACUUAUAUUUAUAUAAUACAACUUGCGUUUGUGAUUAGUUCUUCUAUUAGCGAGGCUAGUAAAGUUGAAAAACCUACAAUCUAACUCACACUCCAUAUAAUACAAGAGCUUGUUGUUGUUACUUACUUACUAUCAAUCUGUAUCUUUCUACUUCUCAAUCUAAAUCUAUCCAUCAAUCAAUCAGUCAAUCUGGUAUGAGUCUUUAUCUAUCUAUGACCAUGUCUUCUAUGUAUGAUUUGUGUUUGAUUCAAUUUCUGAUACAACAACUUUCGAUUUGAAUUCUCAUUCCAACGGGAGGUCUCCCACUGAUGAACUACCUCCUGCUACUAGUAGCUCUGUACCUCCUGCUACUUGUACGUAGUAGAGGAAGAUGUACCGGUAGUAGAUGAAGAUGUACCUCCUGUAGUAGAUGAAGAUGCACCUCCUGUAGUAGAUGAAGAUGUACCGCUAGUAGAUGAAGGUGUACCGGUAGUAGAUGAAGAUGUACAACCGGUUGUACUAAGAGGAGAAGAUGACAAUGACUCUGACAAUGACUCUGACAGCAUCAACAAGAAGAAGUUGACGGAAGAUGAGGGCUUAUCCAUAGGAUGGACGAGAUUUACGCGGAAAAUAGCGGAUCCAGCAAAAGAUCCGCUUUUGAGAUGUUUCAUUACUACGGAGAUUCCGGUGCAGCGAAAGUUGCAGCUUCUUGCGGAGAACCCAGGAGGUGGUAGGGAUCGUUACGGCUGCUCUCUUAGUAGUUGUAACCUAAAUAAGAGUAAUCUUCCUGCUCCAUCUUUUUACUCAAGAUAGUUGUAGUACAUCUUAGAAGAACUGUUUUCCUUUUCGUUUUCCCAUUAUAAAAGGAAAAGAAGAAGAACAGCUGUCCCCAAGAUGUUGAAUACGAAUCUUCCUAAGAUGUACUUUUUUGUAGGGUUUAUUGUAGUAUAAUUGGAUGAGCUGCUGAAACAACUCUACUAAGCUAAGCGCAACGUGGAAAAGGUGUCCGACAAGGAUGUGGAGGAGUGGUGCCAGAAACAGUUUUACGCGGAGAAAUACCACCUAAAUUACGAGCCCAGCAAUGUAGGAACCUCGUCGAGAAAGCGUAAACUACUCGCUGCAGGUGGAGUGAGUGCUCUUGGUAAUGGACAUCACAUGUUUGGCAAUGGCAGUGGUCCUUUAGGCGCUAUACCAGAGGAAAUGCAAAUUGGCGGUUCAUCUGGAUCCACCUCUGGAACUGGAGCUGCAGGGACUCCUUCUAGCACUUCUGCAUCAUCUUCCUCGGGAAACGGCACUGGUGCUGGCACUGCUUCCCCCAGUAAAAUGCUUGGUGGCAUCAUCGUGCGUCCGAACAACGCGUUUUUGAAAAACAAUUAAGGCUUUCGGGAGAAAUCCAUCUAUCUUCAGAAGCAGCAUCUUGGGGCACCCCUCUACGGGAAAAAGAGACCCCAGAAGAUGGCUUUCAAGAUGGCUUUCGGGGAGAUCUAAAACAAAGACCGACUAGCCGAAGCUAUCAUAAACUCUGUCAAGGCUACAUUGCCCCGAUCAGCAGGCCACAUAACGGGUGCUUCUACAACUGACGAAGCAGCAUCGUCCAGUAGUAGUGUAUCUGUACAACCGAUGAAUGGAGCAGGAGGUGGUGGAAAUGCAGGCGCGAACAACAUGCUCCAUCCGAGUUACGCUGUGAGAGCUCUUGUAGCUGACUUCAGCGGGGGUGCAGGAACCACACCACCACUUCCCUCCUCAACUUCAUCUACUUCCUCUACAACUCCUUCUUCUUCCUCUUCUAGUCGACUAGUAAAAGGCCUCCAGCCACCAGUAGCGCCUUUAGCAGCUGAACUGACAGAGGCAUUUGCCACGGACGGCGUCUACGAUGUUGGAGACUCAGGCAGUGAGGGCGAAUCUGAUUUCAUAUCUGACGCCGUGCUCAAGGCUGCGAGGGGCAUAUCGAAAGACAGUGAUACAACAGUUACGGAAGAGGGAUGUAGUUUCCUCUUUUUUUUUAAUACACGAUCACAACUGGCAUGCUCUCCGUCUUUAUUAGGUACUAGUACUUCUACAUCUUACGCUUUACUUCCCUCUAAUCCUCAUCGUGGCAGUGGAUUUGUAUUCGGCGGGUCUCGCAAACGAUCUCAUGACACCUCUGAUACUAGAGAGCUAGAUCAGAGUAGCGCUGCUGCGAGUACCUCCGCAAACGGGUCAGGAAAGCGGCUCAAAGCGUCUAAAACGAGGACAACGUGAAGCAUAGCUUGAGCUUGACGCGUAAGAUUAGGACGUAAAGGAAGGGGAGUAAAUCAAGAUCGUCUGUAAAUCAUGUUGAAACAAAUAGAAAUAGAAAUUCUACGAAGGUCUGCUUUGUCUUGUCUGUUGUUAUUAAAGCGACUUAGAAGAUGAAGUCGUUAGGGAUGAAGAAAUCCUUGGCACUUUGCCGGAUCAUGGAUUCAACUUCUCAAGAUAACAUUUGAAAAAAACGCAAACGAAUCGAUUGAACGUACUCCUUGUAGAUACCCACCUUUUGAAAACGGUUUAAGUACCUUUUUCUCCACACACGUCAAUGACGUAAACGAAAAAACGCUAUUUGUAUUCAGUUUCACGUAUAUAUGACAUGACUUUCGCAAAGCAAAUUACGCAAGAAAUCUAUUCCGCUACAAAUCGAACAAAUCUACUCUAUGUAUAUAUCUAGGUAACAACAACAACUUGCAAGGUAACUACUAAGAGGUAGUAAAUUUAGAGGGUCAAGUCUCGAAGGCGAACUCCUCGAUCUUUUGAAGAUAUCAGAAUAAGAACAGGUUUUAUGUGCCUGGCGGAUCACUUCCUUCUUAGAUAGAAGGGGGACGAUUGGAGGCCUUUAUUUUCGCGCGCACUGUCCCAAAUAAUAUUUUUUGUGAUAAUUGAAGAACAUCAUUCACGUGAGCUGGCCGUGACUACUUGAUUUUUUAUGUCGUGUUAAUGUUAAUCAUGUCCCUCGGUCUCAUUGAUUGAUGAAUGUGAAUAGAUACGGCUAUGAUGAUUUUUUUUGGAUUUUUAUAGGGGACGCCGUAAACAUGUCAAAAAUGAUGUGUUACCGGGAAAAAUAGGAGGGAAUAUUACGCAGCGAGCGCGAGCUACCGGCUGUGGAGCUCGGCCGUCGGGUUACAAAAUUGGGUUCUGGUUACGGUCGUCCAAUGUUCGUUUUUUGUUUCCAUUCAAUCCAUGAUCUCCAUAUUUAUAGUUCGUUUUCCUUAGAAGUAAAAUGUACUUUUUCUCACUUUUCGUUUUCGUAUUUCUCUGUCGAACUCAAAUUUGAUUUCUGCCGAUCCGGUGCUUGAUGCGCAGGGCUGAGGCAGGAGGAGCCCAUCUGAAUCUGAAUCUGUUCCUUAGUAAGGGGAACAAGAUGUCGGAGCCAGGAGCACGACACUACGGGAGGGGUAACCCCCUUCGUCAUCAACAUGUUAAUGUUAUCCUUGUUUCAGGAGCUUGUACCUAAUAAAUAUGCAGUUACAGAAAUUAUCAGUCUUCUAACCAAGGACUAAUCGAGCAUACCCCUUCCUUCGCGGAAACAUCGCCUUGCAGCUAUGAUCGGCUACGAUAAUGAAACUAUGAUGAUGUAAAGCUUGAACAAAGUGAUACACAACUAGGAUGUUGAGGUUGACGACACGAAAACAAAUCUCCAUAAGCUCAUCAUGAUUAUCAUCUCCACAGUCGACAAAGAAAGAAGUACUUCACGACAUGUUCAUCUUCAUCGACAGAACUACAGGUGAAAGCAGCA